AUGUCCCUUUGUAGUUGAUUUACCUCUUAUACAUGGUGAAUUUCGCUAUCUUGGUUUACUGAGGGUACAUGUAAUUGAUGUCGAAAUCCAUAGUUUCAACACGUUUCACCCGCAAGAGAUCCCUCCUGCCCGUCAACAGGAUCCGUAUUCGCUCAGCUACCCGACGAGCCCUGAGAGGCAAGCCAUGACCGAUUCGGACAAGGACGGCAUUGGCAGCGAAGAUGCUGCCAAGCCCAGCCCGGCCAGUCCCGAUCAACGUCGCGAUUGGACCUUCGAAGGAGAUCAUAUACCCCCAGCAAGUCCCACGGAUGGUGCAGUUUCUAAGUAUUCCUUCAAGCAGGUGGGAUGCUCCAGCCUGAAGUUAGUGUCCCACUGUGGCAGGUCGACGGAAGCGGAGUGUGGUGGCACCUAUGAGAUCCACAGUGGGGUGGGCUACACCUGCUUCUGGGACACAAUGAUUUGGCCACCAGCCUGCAUCGCGUAUCACAAGAAGCCCGCGACGCCAAUUUGUUUGAAAGGAACUUGUGGUCCCGGAAGCGCCGCGGCGCCUGAUCGCUGCUGGUAGGGCGAAAAGAG